UUCAUGGUCAAGAUCAUUGUCUCGAGCCUGCCUUGCUACAUCCCAGUCCCCCUUUUUUCCUUUACCUGCUUCUUGGAUGUCCCGUUAACGUUGAUCCCUUCCACCUCAAGUUUUACAGUGCGUUGAACCAAAACGUUAUCCUACGUGGUACAACCACGAUAAUACGUGUGUUAUAUUAUAAGUUUAAACUCCGCUGUCCACACACGUAUAACGACGAAUGUGACUACGUGUCAUUAGAAUCUACUAGCAUUCAAUUUUUUCAUAUUAUUUCUUUGUUUUCACUGUGUAAUUUGUGCCCAAGUGGAGAGUUUAAGUUGUAUUGGAUUUGAUAUAGUGUCAAGGAUAUCAUACAAAACUUAAUUUGAUUUUGCAGCAUAUAAUGAUUUAUUCGAGUUCAAUUUGGUGUUGUCUUUUUUAAGGAAAAUAUGAACUCUGAAACGAAAAAUUAUUUUCUAUUCCAACAAAGUUAAGUUUAUCAGUGAUUUUACAUUAGUAAAUUUAUAGAGAAGGGACUGAUAAGAAUAAGUUAUUUAGAAUUGUUGAAAUGUCAGGGAGGAAUCGAGUGAGUGCCAAUGGGAUUCGCAGUGCAUUGACGAAUGAUGCUUCUUGCCCAAAGGAGCGGGCGAAGAAAUCUACGUUUAUUGCUUACUUCUUCUGGAUGUUAGGAGGUUUUUUUGGAGCACACCAUCUUUACUUAGGGAGAAUUGACCAUGCAAUUAUUUGGGCAACAACACUGGGCGGCUACUUUGGUAUUGGGUGUUUUAGGGAUAUAUGGAGGAUACCUACUUAUGUCAAGGAUGCUAAUGAGGAUCCAAAUUAUAUGGAGAUUUGGAAAAUUAUUGUUAGGCAAAAUAAGAAGCCACAAUUUUCCACCGCUCGAUUCGUUGGGUCACUAGCGACUGGUCAUUUGUGGGGUGAAUUAUUUCGCUGUGCUAUCCCUGAAGAUGAGAUCUACGGGAUGAAUCUGAAACCACUCCUGUACCUUGUGCCAGGAGUUGUUGCCUUAG